CACACUCGAGAACCCUUAACUUACCCCAGAGCCAGAAUCGCAAUGACCGCUCCUCAACUCCGUUCAGCACGGAUAUUUGCUAGAGUCUUUCCAAAGGUCAAGUCGAAUGCCCUUUACAAUACGAAACACGCACUCUUACGUUGGUUCGACGACCUCGGCGCUGCACUUACAAAUGACCUGCAAGAUGCCUUACAACAUGUAUCACAAGACAUUGGCGCAGAUCAGUUGUUAAGUUGGUACACAGAUUGCGUACGGGCACAUUUCGUGCAGCGGUACGCCGUGCUCGGACUCUCACUCAGCGUUGCGACAUUGCCGGAUACAUUUGCGACGUUGUACCGAGCGUAUGCGCAUUACUCGACUCCAAUACCCCAGAACAAUGCUCUCCAGCAUGCGUUCAAGGCCUUGUGCACCGGCGCUGUCCCCACCACCACGCUGGAACCCCUACUUGAAGAAUGGCUACGAGAUAACCUGCAAUCAAAUGCGAGGCCAGAAUUCUUGAAAACAAUUACAGCGAUACGGGCAUGCGGGUUUGGAAGGGUUCUUGAUGGUGUGUUUGGCAGAAUGCUGGGAGCAGCAGUGAAGGAGGCUGUUCAUGAGACAUUUGCUGGGCAAUGGGAUAAAGCGACGCGUGAGCCGGCGCAGGAGUAUGUCUUACGGCGCUUUGGAGAUGUUACAGCGCUUAUUCUGCAUGCUUCGAGCAGUACUGGGAAGUUACUGACAUCGUACACUGUUGAUGUGCUGCGGAAUCUACGGACUACGGAGUUGUUCGAUAUCAUCACUGCAUACCCAACUUCACAGCCCGCUCUCGAGGAUCUCCGGCAUAUCCUUACCGUACCGGAACACAGGGCACAUUUGACCUCUACCUUCUCUGCCGCCGUCUCUAAGCGUUUGUUGCACCCAGGCGCUGACACGGGGUUGAUCCUGACACACUUUGUUCAUACCGUCCGCGCAUUCCAGAUUAUCGAUCCGCGUGGAGUUUUACUGGACAAAGUGGCAAGACCAAUUCGUGCAUACCUGAGUGGACGGGAGGAUAUGGUACACUGCAUCACCCUUGGUCUCUUCGGCGCCGUGACAUCCGAUAUCGACGGACCCAACCUCGCGGGUGAGCUGGAGCGGAGUGCGAAGGAAGCCGAGGUGGAGGACGAGUGGGGCUUGGACUGGCUUCCUGAUCCGAAUGAUGCGUUGCCCACUUACAGAAGUGGUCGUGGUAAGGAUGUUGUUGGUAUGCUAUUGGGGUUGAGCGAGAGUAAGGAUCCGUUUGUGAAGGAGAUGCAGGUGUUGUUGGCAGGGCGGCUGUUGAGGGAUGAGGUGCUUAAGACUUGGGCGUGUGAGGAUGAAGUCCGGACUGUGGAGUUGUUGAAGGGGAGGUUUGGGGAGGGUACACUCAAUCAACUCGAGAUUAUGCUGAGGGACAUACAAGAGAGUAAGGUGAUCGAUUCGACCAUCAAGAAAGGUGGUGAUGGGAAUGGCUUGAGUGCGGUUAUCCUGUCGCGAUUGUUUUGGCCGACAUUGAAGAAGGAGACCUUGAGGUUGCCAGCGGAGGUAGAGGAAAAGUUUGAGGCUUACGAACAGGGUUUUACGAAGUUGAAGGCGAGUCGGCAAUUGGCGUGGCAUAAAACGCUGGGUGUAGUGAAUGUUAACUUGGACUUUGAGGAUGGGAGGAGGGUUGAUAUAGAUGCCACACCUGCUCAAGCGGUUGUUGUGCAUGCUUUUGGUGAGGAGAGCGAGUUGAGUGUGAAGGAUUUGAAGGCAAGGACCGACAUGGAUGAUGCAGGAGUGAAACGCGCACUGGCAUUUUGGGUGAAAAACAAAGUCCUGCGAGCAACCUCAGACAACACCUAUGCACCCCUUGAAGAUGCCUCCACAGCCUCUACCACCACCGCCCCAAGCUUCCUUCCGACUGACGCCGAACCAGCUUCAGCAAUCCAGAGUGCAGCCGAUGCAGCAGCGGAGGAGAUGCGGAUCUACUGGCAAUUCAUUGUGGGAAUGUUGACGAACCUGGGGCCGAUGCCGAUUGAGCGGAUGCAGAUGAUGUUGGGGAUGUUGGUUCCGGGAGGGUUUACGAGGUCGCUGGAGGAGUUGAGGAGUUUCUUGGAGGUUAUGGCUAAGGAGGGGAAGAUUGAGUUGGGAACUGGUGGGGUAUAUAAGUUGGUGUAAGUCGUCAAACGUGAUGCAUAUUUUGUUAGGAACCGGGGUGCACGGUGUUGAUGGGUACUAGCUAAUCGCAAUGCUGGUAUAGGUAGUAUAGACGGAUUAACAACACCUGUACGCCUGAGGUCCAG